CCCAUUCCUGUCGUCGUAGGUUGAUCGAGGGUUUGUGUGCGACAGUGCUGUGCUUAGCCUGCGAUUGUUGAAGCUAGAGAGAGAGAGAGAGAGAGAGAGAGAAUGGCUUCAGGUAUAGAGAAGAUGAGCAUAGAGCAGCUGAAGGCGCUGAAAGAACAAGCAGAUCUUGAGGUCAAUCUUCUUCAAGAUAGCAUCAACAAUAUUCGCACUGCCACUGCCCGUCUCGAUAUUGCCUCUUCCGCCCUCCAGGAUCUCUCCCUCCGCCCCCAAGGAAAGAAGAUGCUGGUACCUCUUACUGCAUCACUGUAUGUGCCUGGCACUCUUGACGAUGCGGAUAAAGUUUUGGUUGAUGUGGGAACAGGGUACUUCAUUGAGAAAUCAAUGACGGAAGGAAAAGACUACUGUGAGCGCAAAAUCAACUUACUGAAGUCCAACUAUGAUCAACUUGUUGAUGUUGCGUCGAAAAAGAAAAGUGUAGCAGAUGAAGCCGGGGCAGUUUUACAGGCAAAACUGAAGCAAUUAGCUUCUUCUCCAUAGCUAGUUGGUACAGAAUACAAGUAUUUUCUGCCAAGACAAUGUACCAUAGAUGUGCAGAUCAGCAGCAUGAUUCAUGAUCUUUUUGGUUGACUUGCUUCAGAAUUAUAGACAAUGCUAUAAGUGGGUUCUGGGAAGAGAACUUAAAUAUGCCGGUGAUAGUUCCCACUUUCUGUGGAGGAAAGGCCUGCCCUACUGUUACCAACAAAGCUGCUUCAAGGACCCCUUGAAUCUCAUGUAUCAGUAGUCUCCUACUGUAGCAGCAUUUGAACUAUAAAUUCCCCCCAAAGGGCAUUUCAUUAUUGGAAUGUUAGAAUUCGUCUUGCUUAAUUUAAUGUUCUAGAUUAAAUUAUGGUCUUCUCUCCGGAAGGAUAAAAUGCUUCGAGUCUCAGUUUAUACUGUGGCUGCUGUUCUCGUAA